AUGAAAGGAAGUGGCUUUAGUCGAACUCAUUUGAUUCAAAGUAAGUCACAAACUGAGAUCGGUAACUGCAAUCGAUUCACAUUCCCGGACAUUUUGCACCCUGUCUUCAAUGAAGCGCGUGAAUUCCGGGAUCUUCGCGAAAAUCGAGGAACCACGAUUCCCACUGUUUAUAAGGGAAAUACUUCUCCUCACAUUCAUUACUCUCGUUCAAGCAUAUAUAAGAGUCGCGAAACGGGAGCUCGAACUGGGCCGAACGUCGAUGGUAUCGAUCACGAGAUCGAAGAGAUCGAGGAACUUGAAGAAGAAAAUCCUGAGGAAGACGCUACCGAAGCAGGAGUCACCGAGGAUAAUCUUGAAGCAGUGAACCAUGCUUCGCCGCCACUUCCGAGGCGAAAAGUUGUUCGUCCUCAUAACGUGCCCUCUUGUUCUCUCUCUCCGGGUGCCGUUCGAGCCGUACUCGAGGAGAACGGGCUUUCAGACAAGGUCAUCUUCAUAAUACCGGAAGCUGGAGAUCGACCAUGGGACGUUCCUGAAGGUUUCCUUUGCAUCUACCUGACGUAUUUCACUCAGUGCGGGCUCUCCCUUCCGAUUCCUUCUCUCACGCAGGAAUGGCUCUUCGCAGCGAAUGCCAAGCCGAGAAAGAACAUUGUUACUGGGGCUAAGCCCAGUAAAUUCAAUGACUGGGAAUCCCAGUAUUUCUACCUCGAGAUGAACGAUCUCACCGUCAGCAACUCUGACAUCCCAACUCAAUCGGAGUGGAAGAUUCCCAUCGGUCGUCAUCUCCCGAGCAUUAUUCUUAACUCCGGACUCACAUCUGAAUUCGAAGCAGCUUUCAGCGAAGCCGGUAAACGUUGUUGGCCUGAAGUGUGGGAAGAGAUUCUUCAGCGCCGAGCUAAGAAAGCAGCUUCUGUCCGAGAACCAAAACCGCGGAAGCCAAAAGCUCGAGCUAGCAAGCCCCGAACUGCUCCAAGACGCAAAGCACCAAAACCACAGGCUAAACGACCUCGAACUGCCAGGAUGCUUUCGCUGGACGAGAUCCCAACUCUGUUCGACGAAGAGGAGCCGAACGACGCGACUCCGAACCCUGUUCAUGCUACCGAAGAGGUUAGGGAACAACCUGAAGAACCGUUGCUCGCUGCGAACUCACCUGACCACGCUGGUCAGAAAAAACUGAAGAAGAAAAAGUCCUCGAAGAAGACUAAGAGGAUUGAAGACUCUUCUCGGGCGCAGGACGCUCCCGCUGAGCUCGAGCCACCGACCUCGCUCUUUCUCAAGAUCGAGCUGAGGCUUCUCAUUCUCGAAAGAGACAAGCUGGAGACAGCGCCGAGGGUCCCGAGUCUCCCGGCAGUGGCUGAGCUCCAUUUCCCCAACAUAUACAAGGAGAUCGCACAUACAACUGCCGUGCUCGCCAGUCAGACCAACAACUUAGUCGCGGCGUAUGAAGUCGCACUGUAUGACGAGCAGGUCAGGAUUGCCGAGCUUGAGGAGAGGGUUACCAAAGCGGAAGAGCGCCUUGCUACCGAGCUCCAAAUCAAUGACACUCUUCAUUCCUCGGUCGAUCUGCUGAAGCAAGAGAGCGCGGAGUUGAAAGCGGUGAGAAAGGAGCUGACCGAGGCUCAGAGCAUGCUUGUUCAGGAGUUCGAGAAAGACCGAGAGCGGCUGAGGGACUUGGUGUCCCACUGGAAGGGUCGAGCUAAGAGCGUUCACGCAAAGGCCUGCGAGCGCUUGGAGAAGGUCAUCCGAAGCUUGGAUGAUGCUGAUCGGGCUCGUCAGCCGUACCUGGUGGUCAACCAGCUCACCGGAGUUCUCGGCUUCAUCAAGCAGCUCAAGAAGAAAGGCUUGUACGAGGUCCCGCCUGAGAUAGUAGCUGACAUCGAGGCAAAGCACGCUAAAGCUCUAGACGAUUUCCGUUCGGUCGACGCUUGCGUCCUUACUGAAGAGGACAAGUGA